AUGGAGAAGGUGGGUGAAGUUGAUUCGGCAGCAGCAGCUGGUCUCAGCUAUGUUGGGGCAUAUGUCAUUAACACCUACAAGAGCUACGACAACUUUCUGCAGGACAAGUAUGCUGUGUUGCCAGCCGUGAUCAUUAUUUGCGUCGCUGUGGUAAUGUUCAUCAUUGGGUUGAUCGGCUGCUGUGCCACCUUCCGGGAGUCUCGAGUUGGUCUAGGGCUGUUCUUGGCCAUUAUCCUGGUUAUCUUUAUUGCAGAAGUAUCUGCUUUUGUCCUGGGAUUUGUUUACAGGGAAAAGAGAAAAACUGACGUGCAAGGCACAAUGCGCUCAGUCUUUGAGAAGUAUGAUGGGAAAAAUCCAGAGUCUACUGUUGUGGAUUACUUGCAAGAACAGCUUCAUUGUUGUGGGGUGAAGAACUACAGUGACUGGACAACCACACAGUGGUUUAAUUCCACCGGUAACAACAGUGUCCCUCUGAGCUGCUGCAGGCGAGAUACAAAGAACUGCACAGGGCGUCUGGAUCAACCGCAGGAACUCAAUACGCGGGGCUGCGCAGAAGAGCUGGAGUCUGGGCUGCAGAGCGUUAUCAGCUAUGCCAUGCUUGUAAUCCUGGGGUUUGCCAUUGUAAAGUUCUUUGGCAUGCUGAGUGUCUGCGUGCUUACUUGCAAGAGAGAAGACAGUGGAUAUCAGCCUCUUUACUCAGGGGUGUUUACUUAAUAAAAUGCAAAGAUCACUUUUUUUUUUGCUUCCUGAUGAUAAAAUAGACUUGUAAAGAUGAAUGCUAAAGGACAAUUUAUGACCUUCUUGCUAAAUAUUUUAUGUGUAUGAAACAGAAAGAACAUUGUGUAUUGACUUGGGAAAGUUUCUUGCGGGUGACGCGAAAUGGCAAUUUCAAUAUUCGGUGCCUUACAGUAACGUACCCUGAUCUUGCAUACCACAGCUUUCUGUAAGGUUCUUGUAGAUUUGGAUUUGUGACUUUAGAUAGCACCAGAUGGUGUAAUAGACUCCAGAAAAAAAUCUUUCUUCUGCAGUUCUUUCCUCUACCCUUAAAACACACAGAAGAAAUCUUAUUUUUAAUCACUAAACUGAUUGAGACCGUGGGAGGGGUUUCAGUUGUCUGCACAAACAUCAGAUGAUUCCCAUGGCAUGGUUAAAUAGCAAAUGAAACUUUUGAAUGCCAGGUUCAAAUAUUUUUCAUAAGUGUGAGGAGUUAGAAUAAGUUUUCUCUAUAUCUGAUGGUGUUUCUGGUUGGUGGUUUUUUCCCCCUCCUUCUUGUGGUCGUAUGUUGUAAUUCAGUUUACUGCAGAGGUUGUCCGUGCAAGACAACCCCGUGUUCAAAGUCUAGAACAGACAUUUGAGUUGUUUUUUGAAGCAGCUAGCAAAUGUGAACAAUCCCAGGUUAGGAGGGGACGUACGUCUUGAGCUUUUGGGCUCGGGACGUCUCUCCUUGGCUUGGGUUUUUUUUGUCUCUUUUUUAUUAUUAUUUGACAUUAAAGAUUGCUUAUGAAGAGGGACUUUUGAAAUUUUUUUUCUCCUUUUACUGAUGCUUUAAUGGUUUGUCUGAAAGACAGACCAUGUCUCUCCGUUUAGUGUAGAAGUUGCAAGAGUUACUGCGAUGAAUACAGGCUGGAAGAUGGGGGUCGCAGGCCGCGUUAGCUCGGUGUGGUUGCGUAGGCAGGACCGCUGGAGGGGUUAGCGCAGCCGUUCCUGCGUCACUGCAGGUCUGGCUGCUUUUCACUGCUAAAAAUGUUAAGAUGAUGCAUUCUCGUACCAAGCGUUUUCAAUAACCUAUUGUCUGGAGGCAUCAUGCGACUCCUUGUUUGCUAGCUUUCCUUUUUCCUUAAAGGUCUGCUGAAUGCAGUCACUCCUUGGAUUGCAUCACUGCUUUAAAAACGGUCCUUUCUUAACACAUUUGCAUGUUAAUCUGUUUCUCAGUUCUUCAGGGUUUUUUGGUUGGUUUUAGAGCUGUGAUGUGGGGAGGGAGGGAACUCCGAGCUGUUCUUUAUUCGGGAAUUGUGGAAUAGCAACAGUGCAUUUGCUUAGUUUUUCUUUGGAGAGAUAAGCACUCUAUCCUUAGCGAUAAACCUUUGUAUCUGCAGCUAAUUAGGAGAAAAGGAGUUUGAGGUAAAUGUAAGCUCUUUAUUUAUCUUUUCUUUCCCUCCCCGAGAAAAAAGCAAUGGGUGAUGACUGUGUUCUGUAGGAGACAUACCGUUACGUGUAUGUUGAAAAGUGACCUAACUUUUAUAGAGGGCUUUGUCUCUUGUUGAAUGCCGAAAUAAACUUAAUUUAU